AAUUGGCCAAGGAAGUCAACUUUUCAGAGCUCAGCAGCAGAUCAGACGUAAAUUUGUUAAAGAUGGCGUGGAACAUCAGUGGCCUAAUGAGAAUGUGCAGAUUUCUUCUCUUAGUGAUUUUGUUUCCGCCCUGUGAGGUGACAAGUUCUGUUUUAACUGUGAAUGAUAGAACUGAGAACUAUAUUCUGGACACUUGGCUUGGCUCCCAAGAAUCUCUGAAAUGUGCUGUUCAAAACCACACCAGGGAGGAAGAACUUCUCUGGUACCGAGAAGAGGGGACAGUGGACUUGAAAUCUGGAAACAAAAUCAACUCCAGCUCUGUCUGUGUCUCUUCCAUCAGUGAAAAUGACAACGGAGUCACCUUUACCUGCAAGCUGCAGAGCGACCAGUCGGUGUCCGUCUCGGUGGUGCUGAAUGUCAUUUUCCCCCCUAUUCUAAGUGGAGAUGACUUCCAAGCAGUUGAGGAAGGCAGUGAUGUGAAGUUGGUUUGCAGUGUGAAAUCCAACCCCCAGGCUCAAAUGAUGUGGUACAGAAACAGCAACAUCCUGAAUUUAGAGAAAACUUACCAAGUCCAUCAGACAAGUGAGUCUCUUCAACUGUCAAUCACCAAAGUCAAGAAAUCUGACAAUGGAACCUACAGCUGUGUUGCAAAUUCAUCUCUGCAAGUGGAGACCAAGGACUUUCAUCUCAUCAUCAAAGAUAGAACUGUGGCUCUACCAAUAGAACCCAUUAUUGCUGCGUGUACUGUGGUCUUUCUGACGGUGUGCUUUGGCCUGAUUGCUAGAAGAAAAAGAAUAAUGAAGCUGUGCAUAAAGGAUGAAGAUCCUCAAAGAGACACAGCUUUAUGAGCAAGCUGAGAUGCCAUCUCACACACCAAGAGUUUUGCAUCAGGACUUCC